GCAAUUACUUUUCAUUUGCGCAGGAGCAGAGUCAAAGGUGGGGAGGGUGGGGAAACAUCAGCGAAGAGCCAGAGAAGAACCGAAGAGGACGAGCGAGUCUCUCUACUCGAGGUGCGCACGCAACAGCGCUCCAGGAGCAAAGACGCAAAAACAAUGGAGCGCAAAAUCCCGGAUUUCUCCGGCACUUGGGAGAUGAAGAGUUCGGAGAACUUUGAGGAGCUUUUAAAGGUGUUGGGCGUCAACGUGAUGCUGCGAAAAAUUGCGGUGAAGGCGGCGUCCAAGCCCCUAGUGGAGAUCACGCAGGACGGCGAGACACUGUCUAUUAAGACCUCCACCACUGUGCGGACCACCCACAUCACGUUCACCGUGGGACAGGAGUUCAACGAGAGCACCGUGGACGGCCGUCCCUGCACGAGUUCUCCACGCUGGGAGACGGACAGCAAGAUCAGCUGCGAGCAGACCCUGCACAAAGGGGAGGGGCCGAAAACCUCCUGGACCCGAGAGAUCACCACCGAUGGCAAGCUGAUCCUGACCAUGGGAGCGGACGAUGUGGUGUGCACCAGAGUUUACGAGCGCCAGUGAACAAGAGCACUUUUCACUUUUGGUCCUUUCACGUCUCAUGCGUCACCACACUAAACGAAGGCCACCGGCGGGAGACGGCAUCUUGUAUUUUUUUUAUUUUUUUUUAAUGAUUCCAAAACAGUGGUGCUUUCAGAUAAUUCGUUCGAGAACUCCUGCAAUCAUCAUUGCCAGUUGAAAUGGCCAAAAAAUUGUGGUGCCUUUUUGUGUAUUCGUUUUUCUAGCACUCUGUAUUUUACUUGAGACAGUUUUUAAACCGUUUUCGCAUCAUGAUUUUAUACUGCAAUCCAAUUCGGGGUGCUUCUCCCUCUGGUGUGCCCUCCUUGGCCACCGGGAGGCAGUACUGCACAAUCCAGCCAGUCUGACAAACAAAGAAGAAGAAAAAAAAAGACUUCUUCUGCUGUACUUGUACUCAGUAAGUUGUUGUAAUAUGUUAGAUGGUUAGAUGGAACAGUUUUGUGUCCUUGAGGCGCAAGCAAAUAAACUUCAUGAACUGCAAAACAGUGGUAAGAAGAAUCUGUGGCAGCCAGACCUGUUGUUCUCUCUCUCGGGCAAGCUUCACACACCUCACGAGAAUUACCGAGUCAUUUGGGGCUUUUGAUUCAUCCAACCUGUAUCGAUACAAAAGACUGUCGUGAAAGCGAUAUAUCGCGAUCUAAUACGGUUUGUCCACCGAGUCUCUCUCUCGCAAGCUACUCAAACGAUGAAUGCGGCAAACGAAUGCAAGUCCUUUUUCAUAGGGGAUAAAGAAUAUAUGCCUGUGAUGUUGGUAUGUCAUGAUGGGUUGUUCCCCUGUUUGCGUUCAAACAUCAGUUGCGUAAAGGGUUGAAAAAUCGUCACGACCGAUGCUAACGUUAGCGCGUCAAAGGCUUCAGCUAGCGGGCUGUUCUUCAGGUUCUUAAUGUAAUUGUCUUGUUUAAAAUCCACAGCCCUCUUUGUUUGAUGUAAACGUUGACAGUUCACUUCUUAAAAGUCGGGUCUUUUGUAUCUCAGUGCAACACUGUGUAGUUCGAAUAGUAAAUGCAUCCUCGCUCGUGUCUUAGCCUUGCACUCUUUGACCGUUUUGCUGGGCUCUCAUGAAAGCGUUACCGAUUUGAAAUAUGUAAAAUGGUUGUGCGACCGCGUGUCUGUUUCCAAUUGUAUUCACCGACUUAUCUUCUUUACGGUUUGCUUCUUUGGCCCUCGAUCACAUUUUCUAUUCCAUUUGCUAUUGAUUACCACACGACGGCCCUGCCAAGGUUCUUACUUUGCGUUCAACUGAUAUGACUUUUGAUGCUACGUAGCAACAUUUUCUCUGAGAAAACAAUAAAGCAGCAACUUUGAUUUAA